UUGUUGCCAUGGCGACAACCCGCUCCGGGCCUUCCUCCAGCUCCUCCUCUUCCCACCGCCGGUAGUUGCUGCUGCUUCUUCCCCCGCCCCCAAUUUAGCCCAGCGUCAGCGAUGGAGGCGCUGGGAGGCCGCGGCCCGGGCAGCAGGGCUGGGCACGGAGCCCCGGCCGCGUUAUGAGAGAUGGGGAAACUGAGGCACAGAAGUGAAAUGAAUUGCCAAGGGACACAGAGACAUAGCAGUGAGACAAAAGAAUCUGGACCAGGGAGAGAUCAAUUCAACGCCAUGCAAUCAAAUUGCAGUCAUCUCCACAGUGCCCCAGGAAGUGGUGAUGUUCCCUCGUCCUCUCAGAGUGCCCAUAUAGCAGGGCUGCCACGAGAAGGCUCUUGCCACCGUAGUGGAGAUGUUCACAUCCAGCUAAGCUCUGCCUUGGGAGAAGCUGGGGAAAACCACAGUUUCAGGCACAUACGGUCAGGUUCCCAGGGCCGUUCACAUGGCCACUCCCACAGUGAAGCGAGGGGGCCCGAAGAUUCCACCUUAGAUUCAGAGGAACAGAGUGGAAGCUCCAUCUCUGAGCUCAGAUAUCUCUUCCAGUGGCUGCACCAAAGUCUUCCAUACAUCUUGAUUCUGUGUAUCAAACUGACCAUGCAGCAUAUAAUCGGCAUUUCUCUUGGAAUUGGGCUGCUAACAACUUUUAUGUAUGCAAACAAAAGCAUUGUAAAUCAGGUUUUUCUAAGAGAAAGGUGCUCCAAGUUUCAAUGUGCUUGGGUACUGAUAUUCCUAACCGGGUCAUCUCUCCUCUUGUAUUAUACCUUUCACUCUCAGUCACUUUAUUACAGUUUAAUCUUUUUAAAACCUACUGUGGAUUUUAUGAACUUCUGGGAAGUACUUUGGAUCGUCGGAAUCACAGACUUUAUUCUGAAAUUCCUCUUCAUGGGCUUCAAAUGCUUUAUUCUCUUGGUGCCUUCUUUUAUGAUGUCUUUUAAAUCCAAGGGCUACUGGUAUAUGCUGUUAGAAGAAUUCUGCCAGUAUUACCGUACAUUUGUCCCCAUACCAAUUUGGUUUCGUUAUCUUAUUGGCUAUAGGGAGCUGGACAAUGUACUGGGGUGGAGUCUUGGAGUAUUGCUGGGUCUGUUCUAUUUCAUCCUAAAACUUUUGAGCCUUUUUGGACAUCUGAGAAACUUUAGACAGGUUUUGCAGAUAUUUUGUACACGACCACACUAUGGAGUGACAGCUAGCAAGAGACAGUGUUCUGAAGCAGAUGAUAUUUGUUCAAUAUGCCAAGCUGAAUUUCAAAAGCCUAUUCUUCUCAUCUGCCAGCACAUAUUUUGUGAAGAAUGCAUCUCUUUAUGGUUCAAUAGAGAGAAAACAUGUCCACUCUGCAGAACUGUUAUUUCAGACCAUGUUAACAAAUGGAAGGAUGGAGCCACUUCUAUGCACCUACAGAUUUAUUAAAACAUGUCAUACUUUUACUUUUUUUACAGUGUACAUUCAUUUGAAUUAAUGUUUUGCAGUUUAAUGUGGAUGGUAAAGGGACUGUGUUUAAGAUUAGCAAAGGCCUAUUUAAGACCCUCAAGUACUUCUAUCAAAUGUUCUAAAAUUUGAGUUUAUUAAAACAUAGCAUAAAUUGAAAACUGCCUUUUCAUAGAUUAAAAAAGUCUUAAAUUUUAGAAUUAAUGUUCAAAAUCCAACAUUUUGAUUUUUUUCAUAAUACUUCAGAGAAAUGGUCAAAUAUUUGAAAAUGCUGCACAGUUAGUUAUAGUAACUGCUUCCCUCAUUGUUUUAAAUUAACAUCUACAUAGUUUGCAGUGUUCCGAAUUAUAGUACAUUGCAUUUAUUCUUGUAUGACUUUACCACACACAGCAGCUAGAGAUGCGGGCUAUGAUCUUGGGACGCUGAGCACCGACAACUCCUAUGGACUUGAGUGGGAGUUGCAGAGCUACUCAUCACACUCAAAGAGUAGGCCCUUUAAUGCUGAACCUGAUAGUUCAGAGAAAUGAGCCCUCUUUUCUCACGUGUUAGACCUAUGUCAUUAACUAUUUUUCAUUACAUUUGAGGAAAAUCAUAAGAAUUUCCCCCACGUAGGUCCACUGCAGAUUUAUAGGAAUCUUUCUCCAUCUUAUGCUUAUCAUAUAAAUUACCCAGCCACUGCUGGAAGUUUUUUACUUUAUAAAGUUUGUAUUUUCAAAACAAAUCUUUAAUACUAUAUUUUUGUCAAAUAUUGGGUAACCAAAUUUUCUUAAAGGGGAGAAUCUAUUUUAUAUUAUAUAUACAAAAUGUGUAGUGUGCAUAGAACGUAGAGAAUAAAUGCAGUUUGAAUUCUU